UUUAGUCUUUUAGUCUGUGACUGAUUGUGUGAUUGUGUCAGUGAGUGUUCGCGCGUCUCGCGGGCUGCUUGUCAGUUGGUUGCGCGAAAUUUUCUUCGCCCGUGCGUUGUGAUUUAGUGAUGUUUAGACGUUCUAAUUUACUCGUUUAAUUCUCAUUCAAGAGAUCUCGUGCUCAUCCCGUGACUAAUUUUAUUAUAUCGUAAUAUGGCGCGCACGUUUGUAAUAUUGUUGUCACUAACACUGAUGGGCUGCCUCACCGAGUCUUCCCUCUACACGCCGUUUGUACCUAAAACAUUCAAUUUGGAAGAAAUCGUGCCUUUACAAGCCGAUUUUUAUCCAGAAAGGGUGCAAAUAAAUUGGAUCUCAGAUACAGAAUAUAUAGUAAGAGAACAUCAUAAGGAUUUUAGAAAAUAUGACGCGGUUACUGACACUUUUGUUACUAUAUUAAAUGAAAGUGACUGGUACAAUUUGAACCAUUAUGCUGUGUCGUCGUACUCAAAAGACUUGAAUUAUUUUUUGCUGGCUGCUAACAUGACUAAGGUGUACCGACAUUCGACUCUAGCUGACUAUUACGUUUAUGACAUCGAACUAAAGACUAAAACUAAAAUAGGGCAAGGGCGGACGCAGGUGGUGGUAUGGGGUGCGGGGGAUGCUCUGGCCUACGUGGAGAACAAUAACGUGUACUACAUCCCUAACGUCGCCCGUCCUCAUAUAGUUACCGCGCUAACGAGCACCGGCAUCCCGGGGGAACUCUACCAUGGGGCGACUGACUGGAUAUACGAAGAGGAAGUGUUCAACGCGCCCGAAGCGCUGUGGUUUUCACCCAACGAUUCGUAUCUCGCCGUAGCUUCCUUUGACGACAGAGACGUGGAGUCCGCAAUCUACCAAUACUACGGCAAUCCCAGCGAUAUUGAUAACCAAUAUCCACAACUUGUUCAGUUUAAAUAUCCCAAGGUAGGUCGCACAAACCCAGUGGUAUCUCUUCGAGUCUACAAUUUAAGUAAUAUAGAAAGCGAUCCCCUUUACAUACCAGCUCCAGUCGAUGUUAUUGGUCUAGAUCACAUAUUAGGCAGAGUAAACUGGGCAACAGAUCAUAAUUUGAUAGUUCUCUGGUUGAAUAGAAGACAGAAUGUCAGCAUUCUUAUUAACUGUGAUCUAAUUAAUGAUAAAUGCAGCAUGAUUCAAGAGCAUACGGAGAGAAAUGGUUGGAUCGAUAUACCGAAUCCGUAUUUCGAUAGCACUGGAAGUAGAAUGCUUGAAAUUCAACCAAUGCUCUUUAAUGACCAAAGGUUUCCGCAUGCAGCUCUGUUUGACUUCAAUACAUUGGCAACGACAGAUUUGAGUCCAGGGAAUUCUACAGUGACAUCUAUUGUCGGAUGGAAUGAUGAAACGGAUACAGUGUAUUACAUCGUAUCGCCUUGGGAUCUACCGUGGCAGAGACAGCUGUGGGCGACGUCGCAAGGCGUCAGCAAAUGCAUAUCGUGUCGGGAUCCGACUUGUCGUAACGUUGUCGCAGAUUUUUCACCAGAAGCUAGUUACGGUAUCAUGUCAUGUAGCGGAACCAAUUCACCUCCAGUGACUUAUUUAUAUAAUGCUAAGACAAAUGGAUUAAAGAUAAUCGUUUAUAAUAAUGAAUUGAGUGAAAAGUUACGACGAUAUCGUCUACCGAUGGCUUUGUUCAACUCCAUCGCGCUGGAUGAAGAUAUAGUGGCACACGUAAAACUGCUACUUCCACCUGAAAUGCAAGAAGGGAAGAAAUAUCCUAUGGUACUGAGAGUUUACUCUGGGCCUGGCACAACUAGAGUAAAGGAUAACUUUAACUUAGAGUACUACGCGUCAUAUCUAUCAACGAAUAGAAGUUUCAUAGUAGCAUCGAUAGACGUGCGAGGUUCAGGCGCUAUGGGCGUGGAGGCGAUGCACGCGGUCAACAACGCACUCGGCACCGUCGAGAUAACCGAUACUUUGUCAGCGCUUGAACGGUUGAUAAGUAUUUACCCCUUCAUCGACCCGGAUCGCAUCGGCGUGUGGGGCUGGAGCUACGGGGGGUACGCAUCCACGAUGAUGCUUGUAAAGGACGACGUGAGAUUAUUGGCUUGUGGCGCUGCCGUCGCGCCUGUCACCUCUUGGCUCUACUAUGAUUCGAUAUACACGGAGCGUUAUAUGGACACGCCACAAGCUAAUCCGCUGGGCUACAAGCAAUCGGACCUGCUGAGCGCGGCGCAGAGCCUACGUGGCCGGCGCUACUUGCUGGUGCACGGCAGUGGCGAUGAUAACGUCCAUUACCAGCACAGCUUGCAGCUCGCCAAGCAACUGCAGCAUGCUGAUAUAUCUUUCGAACAAUUGAGUUACACUGAUGAAAAUCAUUCGUUAGCGGGAGUGAGUCGACAUUUUUACCACGCACUCGAUCAUUUCUGGACGGAAUGUUUUGAUCAAUAGUUAUAAGUUGUAUGUUAAUUUAUUACUUUGUAAAUUACUUAACAUGAGAUGCAAAAAUCAAGACUGCGUGAAUGUGUGUUCCGUUGUUUCGUGUACAAUAAUCAUAGUUGGUUGAAUAAACACAAUGACGAAUGUCGAAAUAAUGCUGUAAGUUUAAUGCGGAUAAGAUUAAAAAUUAAAUUAAUUUAUAAA